CCGCCCCUCCCCCCACAGUGUCCCGGAUGAGGAAGUGAAGCGCUGACAGGGCUGGGUUCCGUCACAGAGUCGAAGCCGAAUCUCGUCCAUAAACACAGAAAAACACAACCGAACCGAACCCCGCCGCAGGCUCGAGCUCCACAGACGCCGCAGAGAUGAAUGACCAGCAGUUGGAUUGUGCUCUGGAUCUCAUGAGGCGUUUGCCUCCACAACAGAUUGAGAAGAAUCUCAGUGACCUCAUCGACCUGGUGCCCAGUCUGUGUGAAGAUCUCCUGUCGUCUGUGGAUCAGCCUCUGAAAAUCGCUCGUGAUAAAGUUGUUGGGAAAGAUUAUCUGUUGUGUGAUUAUAACCGCGAUGGCGACUCCUACAGAUCUCCCUGGAGUAAUAAAUAUGAGCCUCCGAUAGAUGAUGGCGCCAUGCCGUCCGCUCGACUUCGUAAGCUGGAGGUUGAAGCAAACAACGCUUUUGACCAAUACAGAGACCUGUAUUUUGAGGGCGGUGUUUCCUCUGUCUAUCUGUGGGAUCUGGAUCAUGGAUUUGCUGGUGUAAUCCUCAUUAAGAAAGCGGGAGACGGCUCUAAAAAGAUCAAGGGCUGCUGGGACUCCAUUCAUGUGGUGGAGGUGCAGGAGAAAUCCAGCGGUCGUACGGCUCAUUACAAACUCACAUCGACUGUCAUGCUGUGGCUGCAAACCACCAAAACCGGCUCUGGAACCAUGAACCUGGGAGGAAGUCUUACCAGACAGAUGGAGAAAGAUGAGACGGUUGGAGAGUCUUCUCCUCACAUUGCAAACAUUGGGCGUCUGGUGGAGGAUAUGGAAAAUAAGAUCCGAUCCACCCUGAAUGAGAUUUACUUCGGCAAGACUAAAGACAUCGUCAACGGUCUGAGAUCUAUUGAAUCUCUUCCUGAUAAUCAAAAGUAUCGUCAGUUGCAGAGGGAAUUAUCUCAGGUUCUGACCCAGCGUCAGAUCUACAUUGACUAGGGUCAGAGGAGCGUUCAGACGCUGGCGGAUAAAUCGAAGCAGGAGGCUCUGAAGAACGAUCUGAGGAACGCACUUAUCCAACGGAAACAGCAAAGCUAGAAACCAUCAUCAGUCCCUCUCACUCUCUGUCUGUCUGUCUGUCUGUCUGCCUCACAUCUGUCUGUUCAUCAACAGGAGAAAAACACCACGCUUUUUGUUUUUGUAUUUUUGGCUUAAGUUUUAACGCACCUGUCUCUCUCUCUCUCUCUCUGUAAUCAUUUAGUAUUAAGACAGUGCUGGUUGUUUCUGUCUGAUUGGCUCUCAGUGACAUCAUUACAUGGGGGCGGGGCUUCUCUCCGCUCAUCAGAACAAGUUUAUUUGUUUGGUUUGAACCACCCGUCAUGUGUACACGUCAGAAAUGAAUGAGGAGCUCCAGAGAGGCGGGGAUUAUAUAAAUAUAUAUAAAUAUACACACACAUGUAUGUAUUAUGACAUUUAAUAAUCUUGCUGUUAAUAUUAAACUUUCUGCUUGAGUCCACACAGAUAAGCGUGUGUUGAUGUGCGUUUGUGUGAGUGUGUGUGUGUGUGUGUUUGGGUGCGUGUUGUGAAUCUGUGUGUAACAUGCAAAAACAGCACACAUAUAUUCCUGCUGUCUCUCUUUCUCUCACUCGCUCGAUCUCUCUCUCUCUCUUUGGGAGCAUCAGACAGUUUCAUUGUUUUCAUCUGGGUGGAUUAUCAAUAAUAUUUUUUUUGUUUUUUUCUUUUUUGUUUAUUUGUUUUGUAAAAGCUUUACGGUUUAUGUUGUAUUAGGGGCCUCCAGCAACAAUAAAAUCAGAAAACUCA